UCUCUUCACUUGUAGCUCAGGAACCGAGCUGCGGACCCAUUAAGCCGGCAACUUAGACCUUUCCAGUCCGUCUCCCUCCGGACAGCCAGCACAAUGGCCAACACAGUUAUCCAGCCGGAGGUCGAGGCCAACGCCGGAAACCUCGAGCUCAAAGACAACACCGUCAUUGUUGUUCUGGGCGCCUCUGGUGACCUGGCAAAGAAGAAGACUUUCCCCGCACUCUUCGGUCUCCACCGAAACAACUUCCUUCCCAAGAAUGUCAAGAUCGUCGGAUAUGCCAGAACGAAGAUGGACCACGAGGAAUACCUCAAGCGCGUCAAGUCAUACAUCAAGACCCCAACGAAGGACCUAGAGCAACAGUUGGAGGAGUUCUGCAGCUUCUGCACGUAUGUUUCUGGGCAGUACGAUCAGGAUGACUCGUUCAUCAAUCUCCGCAAGCAUCUCGAGGAGCUUGAGCAGGGCCGCAGCGAGACGCACAGGAUAUUUUACAUGGCAUUGCCCCCGAGUGUCUUCAUCCCAGUCUCACAGCACCUGAAGCGCAACUGCUACCCCACCAAGGGCAUUGCUCGUGUCAUUGUCGAGAAGCCUUUUGGAAAGGACCUUGCCAGCUCUCGGGAGCUUCAGCGCGCGCUUGCACCUGAUUGGGUCGAGGACGAGAUCUUCCGAAUUGACCAUUACUUGGGCAAGGAAAUGGUCAAAAACAUUCUCAUUCUGCGAUUUGGAAACGAAUUCUUUGGCGCUACCUGGAACAGAAACCACAUUGACAAUGUCCAGAUCUCCUUCAAGGAGCCAUUUGGAACCGAAGGCCGAGGCGGUUACUUCGAUGAGUUCGGCAUCAUCCGCGAUGUCAUGCAGAACCACUUGCUGCAGGUGCUGACCCUUCUUACCAUGGAGCGACCCAUCUCCUUCUCCGCCGAAGACAUUCGCGACGAGAAAGUGCGCGUCCUUCGCGGCAUGCCCGCUAUCGAGCCCAAGAACGUUAUCAUCGGCCAGUACGGCAAGUCGCUUGACGGCACGAAGCCCGCAUACAAGGAAGAUGACACCGUUCCCAAAGACUCGCGAUGCCCUACUUUUGCCUCCAUGGUCGCUUACAUUAAGAACGAGCGGUGGGACGGCGUGCCCUUUAUUCUGAAGGCAGGAAAGGCUCUUAACGAGCAGAAGACGGAGGUCCGCAUCCAGUUCAAGGAUGUGACGUCUGGGAUCUUCAAGGAUAUCCCCCGAAACGAGCUCGUCAUCCGUGUGCAGCCCAACGAAAGUGUCUACAUCAAGAUGAACUCCAAGCUGCCCGGCCUCAGCAUGCAGACCGUUGUUACCGAGCUUGACCUCACUUACAGGCGACGAUUCUCUGAUCUCAAGAUCCCAGAGGCCUACGAGUCGUUGAUCUUGGACGCCCUGAAGGGAGAUCACUCCAACUUCGUCCGUGAUGACGAACUCGACGCCAGCUGGAGGAUCUUCACUCCUCUUCUUCACUACCUUGACGACAACAAGGAGAUCAUCCCUAUGGAAUACCCCUAUGGCUCGCGCGGCCCUGCCGUGCUGGACGACUUCACAUCCUCUUACGGCUACAAGUUCAGCGACGCAGCAGGCUACCAAUGGCCCAUGUCAAACGCGGAGAAGCUAUGAAGAUCCGUAUAAUGCUCCUUAAAAGUUGCAUGUAAAGGACUACAUUAGUGGGACUGAUUUGCGUUGGAGUACGGCCUAGAUGCUGUCUUUGAGCAAGUA